AUGAAAAGCAUUUACUUUGUGGCUGGAUUGUUUGUAAUGCUGGUGCAAGGCAGCUGGCAACGUUCCCUUCAAGACACAGAGGAGCAAUCCAGAUCAUUCUCAGCGUCCCAGACAGACCCGCUCAAUGAUCCCGAUCAGAUGAAUGAAGGCAAGCGCCAUUCACAGGGCACAUUCACCAGUGACUACAGCAAGUAUCUGGACUCCAGGCGUGCCCAAGAUUUUGUGCAGUGGUUGAUGAAUACCAAGAGGAACAGGAAUAACAUUGCCAAACGUCAUGAUGAAUUUGAGAGACAUGCCGAAGGGACCUUUACCAGUGACGUAAGCUCUUAUUUGGAAGGCCAAGCCGCCAAGGAGUUCAUUGCCUGGCUGGUGAAAGGCCGAGGAAGGCGAGACUUCCCAGAAGAAGUCACCUUUGUUGAAGAGCUGCGCCGUAGACACGCCGAUGGCUCCUUCUCUGAUGAGAUGAACACAAUUCUUGAUAAUCUUGCCACCAGGGACUUUAUAAACUGGUUGAUUCAGACCAAAAUUACUGACAGGUGA